AUGCCACCUAAAUCCAAGAAAAAAGAAGCUAGUCCCGUGGCAACAAAGUCUAAAUCCAAGAAGGAAAUUGUUAAAGAUGACAGAUUUCAAGCAAUUGUCUUGACCGAUUCGUUCCAAACGAGAUUCAUGCCGUUGACUGCUGUCAAACCCAGAUGUCUCUUACCGUUGGCCAACGUUCCCUUGAUUGAAUACACCUUGGAAUUCUUGGCGCAAGCCGGUGUCAAUGAAGUCUACCUUAUGUGUAGUUCCCAUGCAGAUCAAAUCCAAACCUAUAUUGAAAAUUCUAAAUGGAGUCAAUCGAAAAACUCCCCUUUCCACAUAGCUACGAUCAUGUCAUUAGAGUCCAGAUCUGUCGGUGAUGCCAUGAGAGAUUUGGAUAACCGUGGGUUGAUCUCGGGUGAUUUUCUUUUGGUUUCGGGUGAUGUCGUGACCAAUAUGGAUUUCAGCAAGUGUUUGAAUUUCCACCGCGCCAAGAAACUGAGCGAUAAAGAUCAUAUGGUGACUAUGGUGUUGAACCAAGCCUCGCCUUUGCAUAGAACGAGAUCAUAUAUUGAACCAGCUACGUUCAUAUUGGAUAAGAAAACCGAUAGAUGCUUGUACUACCAAGGCAUACCUUCUGUCGAUGGAAAGAAGACCAGUAUAAAUAUCGAUCCUGAGUUGUUGGAAGAUAUAGAAGACGAGUUCGUCAUUAGAAACGAUUUGAUUGAUUGCCAUGUUGAUAUCUGUUCACCCCAAGUGCCACAGAUUUUUCAAGAAAACUUUGAUUAUCAAACUUUAAGAAGCGACUUUGUCAAGGGGGUAUUGACUUCUGACUUGUUGAAAAAGACUAUUUAUGCCUACAUUACUGAAGACAGUUCAGAAUAUGUUGCCAGAGUUGAGAGUUGGGGCACUUAUGAUGCCGUGUCUCAAGAUAUCUUGGCCAGAUGGUGCUACCCAAUUGUGCCGGAUUCAAACUUGAUCGAGGACAAUUCGUACAAUUACGAAUUCAAUAAUAUUUAUAAAGAAGAUAAAGUGAUUUUGGCCCAGUCUUGUAAGAUUGGCACAUCUACAUCAAUAGGAACGAAAACAGUUGUUGGUGAAGGCACAUGCAUCAAAAAGUCUGUGGUGGGAAGAAACUGUAAGAUUGGUGACAAUGUCAUCAUUAACAAUUCUUAUAUUUGGGAUAAUGCCGUGAUAAAAGAUAAUUCCGUGCUCGAACAUACUAUUGUUGCUGCCAAUGCUGAGAUUGGAGCCAAUGUUACCUUGAAUCCGGGUUCCGUCAUCGGGUUCAAUGUUAUUAUUGGAGACAAUAAAGUUAUUGGAAACAAUGUGCGUAUUGUUGAAAGUCAAAUCGUUAGAGAAGGCGAUGAUUUUAAUAACAGUUUCAGCGAUUCCGAAGAUGAAGAAGAACACGCCAAGCCUGCAGUUGUCAUUCCUGAUUUUGCAGUCGAGGACAUUGAUUUAGUGGGUGAACAAGGUAAGGGGUUCAUGUAUGUUUCCGACCGUGAAGAAGACGAAGACUUUGAUGAAUCUGAAUCAGUAGCUGAUUCCUACUCAGGUAUGAUUUACCAGAUGAAACAUCUUAAUGUUUCCGACGAGUCCAUUGCCUCGAUAUCCAACAGAAGAACCAAGAGACGUUCGCACUCUAGAAAUAGAAGGUAUUCUGCCAACUCGAUGAUUUCUGACGGAGGAUUCAUCACCGAUGACGACGGCGAAGAAGAAGAUUUCACCAAAGAAGGGGUUGCUACUGUUGCUAGAGCCAUUGAAAACAAUCACGAUAUAGAUACGGCGUUGUUAGAGUUGAACACAUUGAGAAUGUCGAUGAAUGUAACCUAUCACGAAGUGAGAUCCGUUACUGUUCAAGCUUUGUUGAACAAGAUUGUCGAGUUUGUGUCUACUGACACACUAAAGCCUCAAGAAGCUGGUACCAAGAUAUUCAACCACUGGGGACCAAUGUUUACCCGUCAAGUGUUCAGCAGUGAAGAACAGGUUGACUUGUUGAAUAUCUUGGAAGAUAAGAUUGAACAGUUGAGUUCUUCGUAUAACCAAGUGAUUUUGUUCCUUGCAGUCAAAACACUUUAUGAUUUGGAUAUCACCGAGGAAGAAAAUAUCUUGGAAUGGUGGGAUGCCAAAGGUGAUGAAGCUGAGGUUAGACAGUUGACCAGUAAGUUUAUAACAUGGUUACAGGAAGCAGAUGAAGAGGAAGAUACUGAUAGUGACAGUGAUGAGGAGUAG